GGAGGAGACAGUGUCAGAAAAAAAAGGUUUCGUUUCCUAAGUAUUCACGCUACCGGCGCUUUCGUUUACCCCUAUUACAUUUAGAGAAAUUUACUUAGCAAUAAGCGAAAAAAGAGUUGUUGUCUAACUAACGAAAUUUGAGCUGUUAACUUUGUUCGGGAACCUUCCUCCGACGUCUCUAAUUUCUGCCCGGACUGCUGGCGGACUGGGACCGUAAAUAAACGGUCCUAGCAGCUCUGGUGGUCUGACAACAAGCGGCGGCGAAACGAUGAAGAUAGAGGCUCUUCCAUGAAACAGAGCAGCGGUUUCAGGUGGGGCAAAGUGGUGGGGUCUGUGUGGGUCGGUGUCGCGGCGUGAGGACGUCCAUGGAGCCGUAUCGGCGGGCAGGAGUCAGCGGGCUGCUGUGCUCCCUUCCGCUGCUGUGCGUCCUGCUGGACAUGCAGCUGGACGGCGUGUUCGGGGCGACCCGGGCGGAGAUCGAGCAGCACCUGGAGAUGGGCCGCAAGCUUCUGGCGGCGGGUCAGCUGGCUGAGGCUCUGUCGCACUACCACUCUGCUGUGGAGGGAGACUCUAAGAACUACCUGACCUACUACAAACGGGCUGCCGUGUUUCUGGCUUUGGGCAAAUCCAAAUCCGCUCUGCCGGAUCUGACCCGAGCCAUCGAGCUCAAGCCUGAUUUCCUGGCGGCCCGGCUGCAGAGAGGGAACAUCCUGUUGAAGCAGGGGAACACGGAGGAGGCCAGAGCCGACUUUGAGUCGGUGCUCAAGCGCUCCCCAGACCAGGAAGAAGCUCGCCAGCAGCUGAUGAAGGCCAGCGAGCUGGAGGGUCUGCAGGAGGAGGCCUACGCCGCACACCAUCAGGGAGAAUACAGCGCCGCCAUCGCCGUUUUAGAGAGGGCCAUAGAAAUUUCUCCCUGGGAUCCGGACCUGCGGGAGCUGCGAGCCGAAUGCUACGUCAGAACGGGCGAUCCACAGAAAGCCAUCCAGGAUCUGACGCCCACGACGAAGCUGCGCAACGACAACCGGGCAGCUUUCCUGAAGCUCAGCCUGCUGCACUACAGCCUGGGGCAACACCACGAGUCCCUCAAUCACGUCAGGGAGUGCCUGAAGCUGGACCAGGAUGACAAGGACUGCUUCAACCACUACAAGCAGGUGAAGAAGCUCAGCAAACAGCUGGACUCUGCAGAGGAGCUGAUUCUAGAGGAGAGGUAUCGAGAUGCCAUCGACAAGUAUGAGUCUGUGAUGAAGACAGAGUCAGAUGUCCCGUUUUACACCAACCUGGCAAAAGAGAGAAUCUGCUUCUGUUUUGUAAAGUUGAACCUGGUCAGCGAGGCCAUCGACGUGUGUUCAGAGGCUCAUCAGAGGGACCCCCGCAACGCCAAAAUCCUGCGGGACCGAGCAGAAGCCUACAUCCUCAACCAGGACUAUGAGAAGGCCGUGGAGGAUUACCAGGAGGCGCGAGAGUUCGACGGCGACAGCAACGACAUCAAAGAGGGUCUGGAGCGAGCGCAGAAGCUGCUGAAAGUCUCUCAGAAGAGGGACUACUACAAGAUCCUCGGAGUCAGCAGGAGCGCCAACAAGCAGGAGGUCAUCAAAGCGUACAGGAAGCUGGCUCAGCAGUGGCACCCCGACAACUUCCAGUCUGAGGCGGAGAAGAAGGAGGCGGAGAAGAAGUUCAUCGACAUCGCGUCGGCCAAAGAGGUCCUCACCGACCCCGAAAUGAGACAGAAGUUCGACUCGGGCGAGGAUCCUCUGGACCCGGAGAACCAGCAGGGCGGAGGCGGCGGUCAGAGGCCGUGGCCUUUCCACUUCAACCCCUUUGAUUCUGGAGGCAGCUUCCACUUCAAGUUUGAGUACAACUAGACCCCAGGAGGUUUGUGGAUUGGGGACGGACUCCUCAGGACGUCUUCAUCUACGUUGGUGCAGUUUCAAAACUUCUGACUUUUCUUCUUCUUCAAUCUGGACCUUCCUCUGAAUCCAGAGGAAGACUCUAGGAAACCUAAAGGUGGUGGUUACAGGAAACUGAAGCACUUUGUGCCAUUUUUGAAUCGUCUACAGGCAGGUUUGCCUCUUAGGAUUCUUUUUUUCUCAAAUGUGACAUUUUGGAGUCUCCUCUUUCUAUUUAAAGACUUUGAGGAGCUUCCAAAGAAACGAUGAGGUUCAAACGUGAAACUUCUGAAGGUUGAAAUCCUGUGGAUGGAACUCUGUCGUUGCAGUUUUCUGCUUUAAACUGCAGCUCAUUGGCCUUUCAAAAAAAAGAUGAUCAAAAUAAAAAAAAGCUGCAAAUAUAUUUAGGUUCAAAGGCUUUAAUCUCCAAACGUCCACAAAUGGAGAGAAGUUGGAGCUUUUUAAAAGUCCUUCAGAGAACCUGAAGACUCUUUGGUUGCCAUCCCAGAAACUGCUUUAUAAUUAGAACAAGUCAGAUGUUCUGCAGAGCCGGAGCUCGAGUUUCUGCGGCGUCUGUAUUUCACAAAGACGCGGAGAAUGUUUAUGCGAAGGCGGAAAACUUAAGGCGGAAGUUUGAGGAAAGAAAACGUGACGGCUGUAGGUGCUGCCAUGAAAAACCAUGUUACGCCCCAUCUCCAUUUUAUUUCUGUUUGCACAACUUUAAGUUAUUUUUACCAGGUUAAGAAAUGGAACUGGUUCUACGGCUUACUGUGUGGACUUUAAUGUGACCGUAUUUAAAGAUGAAGUCUCAUUUGUUGACGGCAUCGAUUUACUGUUGCCAAACUGAACCUGCUGACAUGUUUUGAGUGUAAUAAAACAUGUAAAUGAUUCGUUUGCACUCCUUUUA